AAGACAGGAGCAAAAUCAUGGCGAAAGUGUCUUAAUGGCUUGGUCCUUGUGUUCUAUCUUGCUGCUAAUUUUUCUCUAUUUUCGUGACAUUUGUGCCAGGGAGAUUUUUACUAAUUUCUGGGCCGUGAAAGUUCGUGGUGGUCAGCGAGAAGCCAAGGAGUUAGCCGAAAAAUAUGGUUUCUCCUAUGACAAACAUCUCUUUCAGGAUUACCAUGUCUUCAAAAGACCUGAGUUGAAGAACAGGUCAGUUAAGACCCAAUUAUCAUUAGAGAUUGACAGAAAGCUGGAAUUUGAACCACAGGUAGAAUGGUUUAUGCACCAGAAAGAGAAAAAGUACGAACUUUUUUCCAAAAGUUUGAGUGAUCCAAGGUUUGAUGAGCAGUGGUACAUUAAGAGGCCUGCUGGAUCUACUGAGCCAACAUACAAUAUUUUGUCAGCUUGGAAAGCAGGCUACACAGGGAAAGGAAUUUGGGUGGCAGUGGUUGACGAUGGAGUUGAUGGCAGUCUUCCUGAACUAUCACCCAACUAUAACUUAACAUUAAGUUAUGAUUAUGUGGAUGGUAAUGAUGUAAAUCCUUCAGAGAAAAAAGGAGUAGGUCAUGGUAAUAGAUGUGCUGGUAUCAUAGCUGGAGCAGCUGAUAAUGGAAUCUGUGGGGUAGGAUUGGCCUACAAGGCUACAGUUGCAGGUGAAAAUGUGUACGUGAAUGAACUACUAGUAAUUUUGAGGGAAACCUCGAUAGCCAUGGUCAUAAAACGAACUUUGAUUGGUCGUGGUGGCCUGGGUGCUAUCUACACGUUUUCAGCUGGUAAUGGCGGCCUAACGGGAGACAGCUGUGCAUACAAUGGUUAUGUGAAUAGUAUCUACACCAUCGCCAUCAACGGUGUGAACAAAGAUGGAUCCCGUCCCAGCUAUGCUGAGGAAUGUCCUGGAAUCAUGGCCACCACCUUCAGCAGGGAUUCACUCGUGGGAAAAGGAACCGUGAUCAAUCCCAAGUACACUUUACAGUUGGUCGCUAAUUUUGUACGGAACAAUUUCAGACCCACGGGGAAACCUAACGCGAGAGAACGUGACUCGGUUUCAGGCAACCCUGAAAACUUCCUUAACCGCAGAGCCAACAACAACAACCAUGCGGACACAGAUCCGAAAGACUACGCUAGAGCCAACAAAAAUGAUCACAGUGGGGACACAGGUUCCAAAGACUACACCAGUAUCUUGGCGGAAAUAUCUUCUCAUUGCUACGAUUCCACUUGGUAUCAUUGUGUCGAUGGGGAUAAUUAUUUGCUGUUUGCUGCGCUGGCGUCGUCGGAGGAAAAGGCAAGCCCAGGCGGAGAAUGGCGACCAACAAACGGAGCAAGUACUUACAGAGGAUGA